GUUAACGCUUCUCCUAUAGAUGCGUGCAGUUCGGACAGUAGCAGCUUCCUUUGUGGUUUUCCCUUUGCAUUUCCAGGUCUCAGCAUAGCUGACUGCGAACGAGGUCAUCACAGCCGUGUGUUUUUUCCCCUAAAAGUCGGAGCUGGUCGGUUUCGAUCCCAAGUGCGUGCAGCGGAGCUCGCGCAGCAGCCCCGGUGGAUUCGCUCUAUCGCACAGCUCUGCCGGCGUGCAGCUUGCACCGCCACGAAAACAUUUGCGGAGCAUCAUAGGAAGAGUAACCGCAAUGCUCAAUGAGGAAUAAUUGGGUGGGUCUAACCAGCAGGGGGGUUGAAAGUAUACGUGUGCGAUACUAAUGACUGGAGCACGCCUCUGCGGUCCGACUUCGUGAUUAAACAGCCACGAAACAUAAAUGUCAGUUUCAGUCUACUAUGUUGAUUAUGUUUUGCAUGGAGAAUAAGAUAAGGAGGCUUACUCUGAUCCGUAUUGACAGUUAAAUCGCGCAGAGUGUACGUUCAGGACAGGUCUUCUAUUUACGUUUGAAGUUCCUGCUUCAGAGGGGGUGCAAACUGUGUACUGACACACAUUGUGAUGUAAUGGACCACACAAGGAGAGGAGGUCUAGCCUAAGGUUGUCAGUUCUUUUCCACUGUUUGCAGAGUUCCCAUCUUCAUAUCUUCAUCCUGACCUUCACCAAGAAAAAGUUCCCGGAAUCCAUGGGCUUGUGUGCUGCGACAUGACAGAAUAUAAGCUUGUAGUAGUUGGUGCUGGAGGUGUAGGCAAAAGUGCCUUAACAAUACAGCUAAUUCAGAACCACUUUGUGGACGAAUAUGACCCAACAAUAGAGGAUUCCUAUAGAAAGCAAGUUGUAAUUGAUGGUGAGACAUGUCUCCUGGAUAUUCUGGACACUGCAGGACAGGAAGAGUACAGCGCAAUGAGGGACCAGUAUAUGAGGACAGGGGAGGGCUUCCUGUGUGUCUUUGCUAUAAAUAAUACAAAAUCAUUUGAAGAUAUUCAUCAUUACAGAGAACAAAUAAAAAGAGUUAAGGAUUCAGAAGAUGUCCCUAUGGUUCUAGUAGGAAACAAAAGUGAUUUACCAUCUAGAACAGUAGACACCAAGCAAGCUCAGGACUUAGCAAGAAAUUAUGGGAUUCCAUUUAUCGAAACUUCAGCAAAAACAAGGCAGGGUGUUGAUGACGCAUUCUAUACAUUAGUACGUGAAAUACGAAAACAUAAGGAAAAGAUGAGCAAAGAUGGUAAAAAGAAGAAAAAGAAGCCAAAGCCAAAUUGUAUAAUAAUAUGAAAUAAACUGUAUUUUGAAAAUUGUGUGGCAUGUUUGAGUGAGAGUGGAGCCAUUUUUGUACAUUACACUAAAUUAUUAACAUUUUCCUUCUCAAUUCAGAACAAAUCUGGCAUCGUACUUUUAGUUGAAUGGCUGUUUUUCAAUGUAAGUGCAAGUUUUUUUGUCCUCAAGUGCCAGUAUUCCUUUUGCAUUAUCCCUCAGACUAGCAAUGCCUGUGAAUAAGUUGUAAAUGUUUUGUUUAUUGGUUCUUCAGGCUUUGCUGCAUGUACUGGUAUUGGAUGUUGUUCAUCUGCUAACAUUUUGCCAAGUGUUUUAAACAGAGCAGCACUCAUUACAGAACCUGAGAACUGCAUUUGACUUUCCCUUAUGUUGCUACCACAGUUUCGUGUGUAAUAUUGUCUGCCACAUGACAACAAGUUCAGUGGCAGAAAACACAUUUUUUUUUUACAUAUUUUCAGGAACAGUAGGUGUGCUAUAUGUACAUUGGUCACGCUGUUACAGUGCCUGCCAGGGUGGUUAAUUAAGCCUAAUUUGGAAUGCUGAUUAACUGAAAACGUAAUUUGCAUAUUUGUAUGCCUGAUUUGUAACUUUGAAUGCAAGCUAUAUAGCUGUUAAUUGUCAUAAGCAUUCUGCCAAAAUUAUCACUUUAAUGCUCUGACAUAAGAGGUGGCUUGCAACUAACUACAUUGAACCUGUUGUGCAUGCAUAUUAUAUGGAGGCUUUGUACUCUCUGUGACACAAGUGGUAAGUUAUUGGGCAUCACAUGUGUAGUUUAGAUGCAUGAAGCCAUCCCUCCCCCAUAUUUGUUACAUUGUAAUGUAACUAUAUUCGUAUAUAUUCCAUAACAAAACAAAUAAUGUACAUGUUUGGUGUGGCUCUCCUCCCCAGGUUCAUUGUAAAUGUUUGUAUUGACAGUGUACAUGCAGUAUUAUUUGCCAUUUUUAAAACAGUCAAAAAUGCUGUUCAUUACACUUUAAAAAUUAAGAUAAUUACAAAAAAGAAAUUCCAAACUUGGCUUAGUUUGUUUCUGACAGGCAACCUGUUUGUAUUAUCUAACCAAGGUCACAGAUAACGACCACUACAUGUUAAUGUUAUUAAGCAAAAGUAAACUAUGAAAUCUGUUUUGUUUAAGCCAAGGGUAAGUAAAAAAUGUCUUAUCCUUAAAGGAAGAAUGUAUGUCACUUUAAUCGAAAGAGUGCAUUUUGAUGUAAUAAUUUUUACAGGCAUUUUCAGCACUGAUUUUUUUCCCCCUGAAGCUUUUAAAUAGCCUAAUUUGAUUUAAGGAAUAUUGGAAAAUGACCAUUAAAAUGGCAAACUGAAGUUCUUAAUUUUUAAGUAAAAUAUACUUCUAUUUUUAGCUAUACAUACAGAAUACACACAUAUAUUUUGUAUACCAGUAUGCAUCUAGCUUUAAAAUAUUUAAAAUAACAUUUGUUAUAAUGAUUCACUUACCCAGUACUGAUGGAUAUGCAAGGUUACGAGUACAGUGUGCUUGAUUAAAAAAAAAAAUUAAAAAAAAAAAAAGAGAGAGAGAGAGAGAGAGAGAGAAUGCACAUUGUAAAAUUCCAAGUUUGAGUCUCAGCUAGGUAUUGUGUUUAUUUUGUAAUCUUGGUCAGGUCCGUUUUCUUCAGUCUUCCCAGCUAUAGUGUGCGUUGUGCGAGUACUGUGUACUCCUGUAGUCAUUCUCUGUAAAGGUAAAAUGGAAACACUGUGCAGGACACGGCCUAGUAGUUCUAAAGGAAUUAACUAGAUUCAGGUGAUAUUAAGGAGCAAUUUUCACCUACUAAAACAGGCAGAUUUGGUAGUUUGCAGUGAAGGGUAUGUCAGGUUAAAACAAACAAUGUAGAACACUAAUGCCAACAUUAAAAACCAUUUGUAUGGUACGGAAUGUAAAAAUGCAUUUUGUCAGUGAAUGAAAUGUAAAAGAAAGUUAAAAGGUCCUAAAAUCUUGGAAAUAUGUUGUGCAAUAUUUCAGAAGUCAUUUGACUCAGCAUUGCAACAUUGCCAUAAAAAAUCACUGCCACCAGAACAACUCUUACAGUGCUACAGCUUUGUAGUUUGAGUAGAAAUUGUUUAUUGCAGAAUAAUCCCAAAUGUACAUUGCACUAAUGCAACAUCCAUUCCCAUUAAUAUUUUGACUUUCUAAACAAAUGCAAACCAAAUGGCAGCUUUAACCUUUGUCUUCCAAGCAUCUGAAGCAGGAACAGGCCUGCAUCAGCAUCAGAUAUCACCUAAUAUCAUCCACAGUCAGGUGCCCACUAGUCCACCUCAAGUAAUAAAGGACUUUGAAAAUACUUCCCAGGGGUAUCCAACUGGUUGCAUUUUCAUGCAAAAUAAAUUAGUCCUACAACUGACAUAGCUGUGUUAUCAUACAGAGAAUCAGGCCCGUUGUAAACAACAGCUUUAGUGUGGCCUCUGUAGCUUACUUACAUUUACUGUUCUCUGAACUUUCAAGCAGAACCCUUACUCCCAUUGUUUCUUAGGGUGAAGGCCCAAGUUAUGUUGUUAAUCCCCGAAUAUUAAAUGUUUAAAUAUGGCAAGUUCAGUGUGUUAAUUUUUUUUUUCAGUUUCUCAACUUGCUGUCUUCUUGAACAUUUCACAUUUUUUUUCAUUUUUGAUCUGGAACAAAAUAGAGAUUUUUCAGUUAUAUUUUAUGACUGAUAGUGGGAAAUGUUGCGUUUUUUGUAUGAUCAGGGUUCAUUUUGGUUCCUUUCACUUCUUUAAAGAUUUGGCCUCCUAAGGAACUGUUUGUUAAUAAACGCUGGAAUAAUUUAUUGCAUAAAGUGAGUUGAAGAGAAGUUACUACUCUUCAUUUCUCGUCUUUGUUUAUGGGUCAUAAUUCCCUUCACUGAGCAAUCGUUCACCUUCCUUUCUUCUUUUCCAUGUCUACAAAGAAGUGCAACCAAGAAAGUAUGAUUAAAGAAAAAUGUCACAAUUAACCCUAAAACCCCUGUUGCCAACACGUAUUAAGUAGAACUAUGUUUUAUUUAGCUCUUUCGCUUUGAAAUGUAAGCAUGCUCGGUUAAUGACAUGAAUGAUUGGAGAAAAUGGAUCAUGUGAUGUGUCAAAGGCUGUAAUUUAAAUCAACAUCAGUUCAGUGUUAUUUAGUAUGAAGAAGUCUUGUGAAUAGAUGAAGGUGCUAAGUAAAACAUAGUUCCAUUUGAUACCUGGGUUGGCAAAGGGUAUUUUUGGAUAAUCUUGACAUGUUAAGUUCAAUUGGUAGAACCGGAGAUACAACUUCUUUGCUUGCCAUUAGUAAAUGAUUAAGGAAAAGAAUAGUCGUCUUUGUAUCCUGUUUAUUCAGAUUGCAUGAACAAUGGGGUUGUUUGUUUUAAGACAUCAGCAGCCCAUUUUAUGAAAUCCUGGUUGGUGCAUUCUUUGUGUUGUGGGAACUACAUUCAGAUACUGGAGUAGCAACAGUUAUUCCAGAACAACUCAAGGAGGCUACAGAUUAAUUUGGAAGUAAGUGAAUUUUGUAAUUGUUAAUUACAGUGCAGUUUAGUAUUUGAGAACAGGCUUUGUGAAUGUAAAAAGGAGCCAUGGCAGUCCCUGAUUGCACCAAUUCUUCUCUGCCACUUCUCUCUCUGUCUGCAUACCUUACUUUGAUCUCUCUCUCUCUCUCAGUCCUGUCACCUGUUACACAGUCCCAUACCAGUGUCCUCGUUCAACAUUUUUAACUACUCAUACCUCCCUAAAAGAUUCUAAUGCAUGGUGCAUACUUUUUGUGCACCCUUUUCUACUUCGUCUAAUCUUACUUUGAGGAGGCUUUUCCACUAUUGAAUUAUUUGAGCACAUCCUUCUUGUUUUUCACAUCAUUUCUUGAUGACUUGAGUUCCGUUGUCUGGCACCUUUAGCACACACAUAACUUUAUCCCUUCUCCCUGAUUAAGGCUUGCGUGUACCCACUGUUCCUUUUAUCUGGUUCUGCAGUUCAGAUCUGCCCUAGAUGUGUGUCACUGGAAAGUUUUCUAUUCCAUUGCCUAAAAUAAUAUAGAUAAAUGAAGUAUUGCCUACAGACAUCAGAUCAGAGGUAGGAAUAUAACAGGAGAUGCGUUUCUGUUUUGUCCCAGUGCACAGUAAUGAUGACUCUUGAAACUGCCAGGGUCCAAGUCUAAAGACAUGCAAGGUCUUCAUCUCCAACCAGCAGCUAGCACUGAUGAGCAGGGGCCAUUGCAGCGGCCUGAUUGAAGGGUUUAUCUAGUACCCCCGAGCAAGAGCUGGAAAUGCUUAAAGUAAGAAACCCCAAAUCCCAGGCCUAACUGCAAGCCUGGGUCUACAAAUGAGAUGUACAUGCAGCCAUGGUAGUUUCAAGUACUCUACAAGUGGAAUAUAUGUCCCUUUAGUGAGAGGUGGGCAUCUUACUUAUCAUUCAUGAGCAGCCAUGACCACAGAUGGAUCUAGAGAUGGGCAUCUCCUCAUUGUACAUGCAGGGACAUCCUAAUACUCCCCAUGUAUGUUGGAAAUAGUUCAUCACAUCCCCUUGGUAAGUUCCUAGGUCUCAAAUCAGGCCCAGUUGAUUGACUUCUUUUUCUUUCCUAUAAGCAGAAGAUUGCUGAUCAGCAAAGGAUGAGAUAUUCCUUAUAGGCUGUUCUGCAUCCUGUCUUACACCCACUGUCUGUCCCUUUUCUCACUCUGCAGUUUAAAAAUUUCUUCACCAUUUGGUACAAAAUGGCUGAGCAGAUGCAGCUUAGUGUUAUCUCACAACUCAGCUUGAUGCCAGCACAAGGACUAGCAGAGGAAUUUUACCAGAGUGCUUUCCCCAAACAUUACCCUUCACAGACUGACACUGAGAUGUAUAUGUGGCCCAGACACCCCCCCCCCAAUCUGGUAAGGCUUCAGUUUUAGCUUGUAUAUGCUCACCAAAGGUACCUUUUUGGACCCCAUCUGACUACUCAGCUGUGGCUGAAUCAGAGAGAGCAUUUUCUUGGGUAUGUCUUUUGAGAUCACCCAUUUUUCGGUGAAAUGCAUGACAAACUUUAGCUUCAUUUAGAAAAAAAGUAUUGAACCAUUUGAGACAUAGUCCAUGCAGAGACAGCAAAGAAUGAGCUUAAAGUUAAAACAGGCAGUUGUUUUUAAAAGAUAUGUAGAAAACUGAUAUAGUAUUCAUAGGCUAUUCACAUUGGUACUUUGAGACCUGUUGCAGCAAUGAGUAAGGGGGCUUACACCCUAUCCCCCAGAUGUUUAAAAGCCAGAGAAAGCUCACCUGACAUUUUCUGUACCAUGACAAUUUACAGGGCAGUGUCUCUUUUAUCAGGCUAAACCUAUUCCAGUAUGCCCUGCCCAUUACAAAGAAAAGAGAAAUGUAUGUGAGGCCCUUACCAGUUUCUCCAUAAUAAUUUGUGUUACAAUACUUAAUGCUGAGAGGUGACCUUUUCCGCCACUCCAGAUUUGGGGCUCCACACCCAAGUCUCUUUUUGAUCAGCUGAGGGUAACAGAGGCCACUGGCCAUCCCACUAAAACAGCAUUCACUUAUCUGUCAUGCUGACUGACCCAUUUUUAACCAUUACUCUAUAUGUAGCUGAUCAUGUGUGUUCUACUGGUGUACUGAGAGUUUGUCUGGAUAUUUAUUUUCAUUAUUUUGCUGUUUCUCUAAAUUUUCCUCAUUUUGUCAGGCUUGGUGUAUUUCAAGUGACAUCACGGUCUGUCCCACACCACACUGCAUCUAGAUUAUGGGCUUAUAUGCAUGGUUGAUGCCUCGGGUUGUUUUUUCUUUACUUCUAGUUCACAACCCUCAUAGUUACAAGUGGAGACAACCUUCCCUUUCCAUAUUAACUAGUUUACUCCUUUUUGGGGGGUUACCUAUCAUAACACAUGGUAUUGUGAUGUAUGGGUGUUAGUCUGUUGCUAGCCUGAGUCAUAUCCCUACACCUUCCAAAUAAUCAGACAGAGGGUAACUAUCACUUUCCUUCAUAUACUGUUAGUCAGGAUGUGCACUGAUAGAAUCUGUUCAUCUGGCAUCUAGGUGAGAGCUGCAAUCUGUGCUGAUGGUCCCUCCCGCAUUGUAUACAGGUUUCUGUUUCUUUAAGAAAAAUUCGAUCUAUUUUUGGAUGCCCAUUGUUCACCCACUGUUAAGUCCUUAAACAGUUUGCAUCCAUCCCUUCACAUAGCUCACCAGCAUUGCAGAAGGAGCACACAGAGGAGAACAAUCAAGCUAGCACAUUCUUAAAAGUGUGUUUUUUUAUCCAACAUGAUUGUAUUGCUGUGCUGACAACUUCCUGAUACUCAUGGCUGUUGAACUAGCAGGCCAUUCAUCAUUUAUAAGGAGUAUGUUUUCUUCAAAGGCACAACUGGGUGCAAAAAAGGGAUUCAUGUCAUCUAGCUGAAUACAAUUUCAGUGAAUCCCAUUCCUGUGAACCAGUUCUUCUGAAAACAAAAGCACUUUGAGCACAUUUAAACUAAAACUUUAUAUGUUAGGGAGCAAAUCCUCUGCACCCUAUUUGGGGGGACACCCCACACCACCUGUUUUAGAUAGACUAACUCUGUGGUCAUACAUCAGCAAGGGGAAAAGGCAAAGUCAGGUUCACUGAAAGAACUGUUUUUGUUUUUUGUUUUUUUUUUGUUUUUUUUUUUUGAGAAUGGGACUGGCUGAAUUUGUCAUUAUCUAGCUGUCAUGUUCCCUAGUAUUCCAUCAAAGAAACUGUCGGUAUAAAAAAAACUCUACAUUCCUCCAUUUCUGACUGAAUGAUUAAGGGAUUUUUGUACAUCCAGAAAAAGCAUAGCAUCUGUUGCCUUUUUAGAAUUUGGCUGGGAUAGCCUACCUUUGCCCUUUAUCAUUACACUAAUACAGUUUUAUGAUUAUAUAUUAAUCAUCUUAAUUUAGAUUCAUAGUGAAAAUUCAUUUGUUAGGUUUCGAUGUAUAAAUAACCCCUCAUGAAACAUUUUGGUGUAUGCAACCUUGAUGGCAUAGUUAGAAGAAUAACACACACAGUGAAGUACGUAGACAACCAGAAGGUCCCAAGUUCCCAUUUACUGAUAACUUUAUUUGUUACAUCAGUGUAUUUCAUGAUUAUUAUACCUCACCCAGUGCUGCAAAUUUAUCAGACAGUUGUAGUAUACUGGGUACGUUCAUGAACUCGAAUAAUAUAUUACAACUAAUAGAUUCCAUCAACCUGUGUUUUAUGAUUUUCACUGUUAAGUAUACUCUGCCUCAUAAGGUGCCAACUUUUGACUUGUUCCUCACUCUGUCGUGUUUACUUGAAAGGUAUUUUAGAUAAUUUUGUAUGGUGUAAUACUGAAAAUUGCACAUGUUGUAUAGUGUGCUUUUCUAUGUAUCAAUUGUAACCAAAUCCUGCUACAUCUUUUUCUUGUAUUGACCUGGGAAUGUCACCCACUCAGCUUAAAAAAAGAUAAAAAGGACCACUGUUAAGGAAAACAUAAGUAACUUUAUAAUGUUUUAUAUGGGUAUGUGGUAUGGAGCCUGAAAGUUUGUCACAGUUUUGUAAUGAACUCUACUACUCCUAUUUAAUGUACAAUAAAACAGAAUAGCUAAAGUGAA